CUCACUGAACGAGUGAACGUGCAUCUUAAUUUUUUUUUUUUCUGUUUAUGAUUUUGGAUCGAUUUGUUUCUGUUACUGAAACCAAAGAUGUGAGAUCCCACCACUUCACUUCAAUUCUCUUUCACUACGCUUUCAUUUUGCGAAUCCCGAACGUUCUCUUUCUCUGAAUCGCUCGGUUCAAAUUCACAUUCAAUUUCGAAGGAUUUUCUUCACCAGAAUUCAUAGCAGUAGCAUGCACUACGUAACUUCGUUUUCAUCAAAGCAAGGGCAAGGUGCUUGAACAUCUGAAUUGUUUGCAAAAUGGUUUCCUUUGAGAUGAAUGAUCAAAAGAAGAUUGGAUUAGGAUUAACUGGCUUUGGUAUAUUUUUCUCAUUCCUUGGAAUUAUCUUCUUCUUCGACAAGGGAUUGCUAGUCAUGGGAAAUAUCCUGUUUGUUUCUGGAGUGUCCAUAACCAUUGGGCUAAAAUCCACUAUGCAAUUCUUCAUGAAACGAAGUAAUUUCAAGGGAACAAUCUCAUUUGGUGUUGGGUUCUUUAUUCUCAUCAUGGGAUGGCCUAUUUUGGGCAUGAUUGUUGAGGCUUACGGGUUCAUCGUACUAUUCAGUGGUUUCUGGCCUACACUGGCUGUUUUCUUACAGAAGAUUCCUGUUCUUGGUUGGUUGUUUCAACAACCAUUUAUUCGAUCGUUGUUUGACCGCUAUAGAGGCAAGCGAAUGCCCGUGUAACACAAGAAUCUAUGAAAACAUAAUGUAACUAGUAGGGACUGCUUUUGUAAGUCAAUGUAAAGAAAAUACUAGUAUGGAUAUCUAACUGAUUUGAGUUCGCUUUUUGAUGGUAGAAAAUGGUUAUCAUUUUAUCAUUGUAGUCAUUUAGUGGAAAGAAAUUUGCAAAGGGAAAAGGUUUCAGUUUUCACUUUACUUCUUGUUUGGCUCCUAUUGAUUCUAAUGCUUGGUGGAAAUGGGGAGUGGUUAGUUCCAUCUACGGACUAUUCCAAUCAGACACCUUUGGGAGUUGUCCCCGCCAAGUAUCAUGGUGGCUUUUGUUCAAACUCGUAAAAGGAAUAUAAUGGUUUUACAUUACAUGAUGUUAUUGCAGCAAUAUAGUUAGAAAUCUGCAGUGUAAUUUACUCUAAAUAUUUUACCAUUGACUCUCGUCUUCUUUGGAA